CGAGGAAGCAGACGCGAGGGAUCGGAGGUCAAACUUGCUGAGACAAGUCAGAAAUCAUAGUAGGGUUAUGCCCUCCGGGGCAGGAGGAAGAGUUCACAGACUGAAGCUAUAGCCCAAGAGCAGACGUGAACCUGAGCCAUUUGUUGGCUCCUGAAGCAGGACCCCAACUAGGAGCUUCAAAGUUGGGAGUCCUUGCUGAGAAAGAUGUUUCCCUACAGCCUGCCACCAGAUCCCAAGCAGGUGGCAGCCAUUGAGGCUAGACGAAAUCGCGAAAAGGAGCGACAGAAACGAUUCUUUGAUGUGCGCACCCGAGUCAUGGGGGUGGAUGUUGAAACUCUGAACAGCCAGGUAGAAGAGCGGAAGCUUCGGGAGGCCAGAGAGCGGAGCAAGGAUGAAGCUCACGGUACCGCCCAGGUCCACUAUGAUAUGGUAGCGCAGAUGCUAGAAAAGGAAGACGCAGAACGGACACGUCGCCUGGCCAAAAAAGUCCAAGAGUUUCGCGAGCAGAAACAACAGCUCAAGAAUAGGCGUGAAUUUAACCUUUGGGCUCCAGACCAACUCUGGAAGGGGUUUCAAGCCCUUCACGCUAACCGUGAUGCCCACUAUAACCCAUCCAGCCUGCAGUACUUCUCUGGGGAGGACCCGGGGAGGGCCAUGACCGUGAGAAUGCAGCAGGAACAGUUGAGAUACAACCUGGAGAAGCAGCUACACGAGCGACAGCAAGCCAGGGCUGAUGAAAGGCGUACCGAUGAGCUCCGUGAGAAGCUGCGUGUAGCUGUGGAAACUCGGGCCACCCAGCUGGCCAAGCUGGAGGAAUCUUGCCGCAUAGCCAUGAAGUAUGCCAUGGCCAAUGCCCACAAAGUCCAGGCAGCUGAGGUGGCUGAGCGGCGGCUCCAAGAAUAUCGGCGUGAACAGGAGGCCAAUUUGAAAGAGAUCCAUCACCAGAUCAAGAGUGACCUACUGAAUGAGAAACCCCAGAUCAUCCCACAACCUGUGACUAUGCCCCCUGCCUCCCGGAUCCUGCCCUAUGGCGGGAAGGGGAAGGCCGUGGUUCCAGAGAAGCAAACCAGCAUCAAGAAAGCCCAGGCAGCGCAAUGCCGUGAAAAGGAGGUGCAGCGGCGGGCCGAACAAGCACGGGAUGCCGAAUGGGACAGACAGGCCGCAUGCCUGGCCCAAGCGUCCCUGGAGCUAGAAGAACAGGAGAGGCAGCUGUGUGCUGAAUUCCGGAGGGGGCUGGGCUCCUUCAACCAGCAGCUGGCUUACGACCACAAAGCCCAGCAGAAUUACCUGAAUUCAAUGAUCUACAGCAAUCAACCUAUGGUCGCCUAUCACCUCCGCUUCAACCCCAGUAGCCGCUGAGCUCAAGACGGUCAUUUCUUCCUUCCCCCAGCCCCCAUGAAGCCCAUAGAAGCUAAGCAGUUAGAGGAAAAAUGCUGCAGAUUCCCCUUCCGUUCCCCAGAGGAAGAUAGCUGAGCCAGUACCCCCACCUGUGAGCGUAGGUAAUAAAGUUAUUCACUAAA